UACAAAAACAAUUGCACUUAUUACAAUUAUUAAUGAUGAUGAACCUGGUGAAAUUGAAUUUGAAGAAGUAAUUACUUUAGUUAAAGAAAGUGUUGGAAACGCAGAAAUAAAAGUUGUACGUGUUAAUGGUGCCGAUGGACGUGUUACUGUUCAUUAUAAAACAGAAGAUAUUGAUGCUAGAGGCAAAAAAGAUUAUGAACAUGUUGUCGACAAGGAAUUAGUAUUUGAACAUGGUGAAAUAUCAAAAGUAAUAGCUAUAUCAAUUAUAGAUGAUUUUGAAGCUGAAAAAGAUGAAAGUUUUGCUGUUGAAUUAUUUGAUCCAAAAGGUGGUGCAAAAUUAGGAAAACAUUCAAAAACAGUUGUAACAAUCAUAAAUGAUGAUGAUUAUAAAUCAAUGGCAAAUAAAUUGGCAUCACUUGUUCAAAUUGAUCUUGAUCAAUUAAGUGUAACAAAAACAACAUGGGGACAACAAUUUCGUGAAGCUAUGAAUGUAAAUGGUGGUGACAUAGGAACAGCAACAUUUGGUAGUUAUAUUGGUCAUGCAAUAUCAUUUUUUUGGAAAGUUCUCUUUGCAUUUGUACCACCAACAUCAAUGGCUGGUGGUUGGUUAACAUUUGUUUUUUCACUUAUUUUCAUUGCUAUACUUACGGCUAUUGUUGGUGAUGUUGCUGCUAUAUUUGGUUGCCUUGUUGGGUUAAAAGAUAGUAUAACAGCUAUAUCAUUUGUUGCACUUGGUACAUCAUUACCUGAUACAUUUGCAUCAAUGUUUGCAGCAAAAAACUGUAAAACAGCUGAUGAUGCUAUUGGAAAUGUUACAGGUUCAAAUAGUGUUAAUGUAUUUCUUGGUCUUGGUCUACCUUGGCUUAUUGCUGCUAUUUAUUGGGAAUCAAAAAAUCUGCCAUUUACGGUUAAAGCAGGUGAUUUAUCAUUCAGUGUACUGGUAUUUUCUAUUUGUUGUAUUCUUGGUAUGACUGUACUUACACUUCGUCGAUUUUUGGGUGUUUUUGGCAAAGCAGAAUUAGGUGGACCAGCAAUACCUAAAUAUAUAUGUUCGAUCUUUUUCGUAAUUCUUUGGAUUGGUUAUUUGACAUUAUCAGGUCUUCAAGCAUAUGGACAUAUUAAAUGGCAAAGUUAA